CCUAUACCAUCUUCUUUAUUUCGUUUUUCCCACUCCCCAUUAUGUAAAAUUAUCUACCCGCUUGAAGACUUGCUACGUAUAUAAAAGGUUAUUUACAAAUAUGUACAAAAUAAAUAACAAAUAAAUAUGUUUUUGAAUUAUUUGCGAAAGUGUGCCUUUUUUAUUCGAAUGUUUCCGCCAGAAAAAAACUUAAGAGUAAAAUAAAAUAAAAAAAAAAUCUUUACUGACAACAGGUUGUGGGGUUGCCAUAUGAUCAUGAGCAAUUCACUACAUUCGAAGAAAAUUGGUGGUUUGUUACAUAAUUGCAUUCUAUCUAUACUAAAAUAGUGAUGAAAUGUUUAAAAAAUAUGACUAUGAAUAUAAAACACUAUUCUAUUAUAUUUAUAAAUAAUUAUAACUUAAUUUUCAUACCUUCCUUUUACUAUAUAUGUAUUUUAAAGUAGCAAUACUUAAAAGUAAUACUCCUCAACGCAUACACAAACCUUUUUUAUUGGAAAAAAAUCUGUAGGGUAGAUACCAGCCCCUGGUCAAAUCACUAACGUACACUUAUCUGUACAAGAGUUUCCUAUCUGUCCUUAGAGCAAAGAUUUCGGUUUUAAACAUAAUCACAACCUCUUUAAUGUUACUAUACUGCUGACUUAUUCGACAUAUUUUACUGUUUAUUCUUUGUGCAUUUUGUGAGUGCUUUAUUUCUCAGACUCGAUAAUAAUAAAGAAAAUUACAGCUAAGCAAGUCUAAGUAUAUUCCCGUAGUGUCCACCGUGCAUAUCAGACAAAAUAUGGCUACGGACAAUUCACAAGGUGAGAAUUUACAUGUCAGCCAUGACACUGAACAGCAGAUGACUCCACACCAUGAAGAGGGUCCAGACUGCUGUACAGUUAUGAAUACCACACAGGAACCGUUAGAUGAACAAGAUAACUGUCAGCAUGGCAUAGACGGAGCGGGAGUUGUAAUGACAGAGUAUGUUGAUGUCACUGGAGAAUCGGAUGUCACCUUUGGAACUACUGAAUAUUUAAAACCUGGUUCUGAACGAGUUCUUAAUAAUGAGGAUGAUAAGAAUAAUGUCUUUAAAUCUGAGCAACAGAAAAGAAGAAAAUCAUGUGAUAAAGUUUAUUCAUGUGAGGUAUGCAGUAAGACAUUCGAGACCUACAAUACACUGAAAUACCAUAUGUCAGUCCAUACUGAACAGGAAAUAUUUUUGUCUAAUGAAAAGCCAUAUACUUGCGAUGUAUGUAGUAAACGUUUUAAAAUAAAAUUAACACUGCAACGGCAUAUGUUGAUACAUACUGGUGAGCAGCCAUAUAGUUGUGAUGUAUGUAGUAAACGUUUUAACAGUAAAUUAACACUGCGACGGCAUAUGUUGAUACAUACUGGUGAGAAGCCAUAUAGUUGUGAUGUAUGUAAUAAAUGUUUUAAAAUAAAAUUAACACUGCAACGGCAUAUGUUGAUACAUACUGGUGAAAAGCCAUAUAGUUGUGAUGUAUGUAGUAAAUGUUUUAACAGUAAAUUAACACUGCAACGGCAUAUGUUGAUACAUACUGGUGAGAAGCCAUAUAGUUGUGAUGUAUGUAGUAAAUGUUUUAACAGAAAAUCAACAUUGCAACGGCAUCUAUUGACACAUACUGGCGAUAAGCCAUAUAGUUGUGAUGUAUGUAAUAAAUGUUUUUCACAAAAAAGAGGUUUAACACGGCAUUUGUUGAUACAUACUGAUAAUAAGCCAUAUAGUUGUGAUGUAUGUAAUAAAUGUUUUAUCCAAAAAGGAAGUUUAACUCGACAUUAUUUAAUACAUACUGGUGAUAAGCCAUAUAAUUGCGAUGUAUGUAAUAAACGUUUUAGUAGAAAGUUUACUUUAACACAACAUUUGUUAAAACAUACUGAUGACAAGCCAUGUUAAAUGUAUAAUGUAUUUACAAGACAAGAUAAAGUUCAGAGGUACAAACAGCAACACCUUAAGUAGUAAGCGUUAUGUGUGACAUAUCACGUGAUUAUAUAUAUUGUGGAAAGCAACAGAUGUCAUUGUACAUAAUAUGUAGAUGUGUGUAUAACGUAACAAAGUUUUGAUCAAUUUAUUAUUAUAUAAUAUAAAACUAAAGAAUUUGAGUAGAAAAGACGUAACUAUCCCUUUUGGCUAAUAUAACUUAAUUAUGUUAUUUUGUUCAAAAUUGAACAGUCUUACGAUCUGUAUAAUUAUUAAUUAAUCAAUGCAAUAAUUAACGAAAUAAAAUUCUUUUACUUAUUUGUUGUAUUUUUUUAUUUUUGCACAUAAACCAAUGUAAAAGCCAUUUUUAUCG